CUCGGGGGCCAGCAGAGUCUGGGUCCAUGAGGGUAAAGGCCAGUUUUUUCUAAGUAUAAAUAUCACUACAGAAUCCAGUGAGCUUCAGACUUCAGUUGAAGACAUUACCAGAAGAUUUCAGCUCUGAACUUUCCAAGGACACACGGAGACUCCAGGUCUUCUCGCUGGCUUUUCUAAGAUGGUGGCACUUUCGAUGUACCUGAAGCAGCCAAACUUCAUUUACUUAUGUGCAUAUAUAUGGCUGGCAACCCUAACUGGAUCUACAUACUGCUGGACUUCUGGAUUUUCAAUACCUGGUUUCAUGAAUUCCCACACGAAAAGUAAAAAGACUCAAGAGCCAAUGGAAGUGGCAGCUCUAGGAAGACCUCUGUCUCUUGGUAUGCUUUACGACUGCCGCAAAGAUUCCUUCAUUCCAGGUGUUACUCUGUGGGAUAAGAAAUCACUGAGUGAAAAUUUACACAAUCGUCCACAGCCCAGAACAGAUUUGAAGUUCAGUAGCUCUGACUCUCUUUCUAGUAAGUCCAGCCUCCUGGAUAUAAGUGCUUCCCUGAAGGCCAGUUUCAUGGGGGGGCUUGUGGAGGUGGGAGGAUCUGGUAAGUUCCUGCGUGACACCAAAUCCUCCAACCAACAGUCCAGAGUUACAAUGUUUUACAGUGAAACCACAAGAUUUGAACAGCUCACUAUGUCCCAGCUGGGCCAGAUCACCUACCUUCAGGUGUUCGACCAGAAAACUGCAACUCAUGUGGUCACGGCAGUGCUGUACGGAGCUCAGGCUGCCAUGGUGUUUGAUCGGACAUUUUCAGAAGAGGAAAGCAAGCAGGAGAUUGAGGGAAAACUGAAUGUCAUGGUCAAGAGCAUUCCUUCAAUUUCCAUUGAGGGAGAAGGAUCUGUAAAAAUGAAAGAUGAGGAAAAGAAAAUGGCUGAGACGAUCUCCUGCACAUUUCAUGGGGACGUCUUACUUGAGCAGAACCCCACCACGUACAUGGAAGCCAUACAGACAUAUAAGACGCUCCCCACUCUGCUGAAGGAGAAUCCACAGAAUGUGGUUCCAAUAAAAGUCUGGCUCCAUCCUCUUCAUCUACUGGACAAUAAGGCAGCUCAGCUGCAGAGAGAGAUUACCACAAGUCUGAUUUCUGACACUGAACAUAUAAUUGAGGAGCUGGGAGAGGCAGAGAGGACGUGCAAUGACCUGAUCGGAAACACGCUGGCCAAAGCUCUCAGUGACAUCAAAGAGAGGCUGCAAUUAUUUCAGAAAUCAUUUAGCACAUACAAGAUAAUGCUCCUGGAAGCAGUCGGCAGAGUCUUGCCUGCUGUUCGAGGAGGAGAGGAGGAGGAGAAGUCUCUGGAAGAUAUCCUGAUUAUGCACAGGAGCUCCCCAUUCAGUGCUGACAAGCUUAACAAGUGGUUAAAUGAUGCAAAGUCUGAACUUCGCAUCUUGAGUUCUAACAUCAAGACUCUACAGGGGAUCAAAAUUAAAGACUCGGUCGAUCUCAUGACCAUCUUAUUUGAUCCUGAUGUUGAUGCAGUGUUGAGCUUGACCUUCACAUCUCUGAAGUAUGAAGACCCAUAUCUUUCAACCCUGACUGAGUUUCUGAAAUCUGACAAGUUUAAAGAGCUAGAUGAGAAAAAAACUUUUUCUGUGAAAUCUGUUUCAAAGUGGUUCAAUGAACACAGUGAGACUGACACUGGGUUUUCUGUGACAUCUUUCACAAAGUGGUUCAAUGAUUUAAAUAUCGCAAUAAAGAUGAGACAGAACUUGUUUCAAUUCAGGAGGUUUGCAGAAGCCAAUAAAGAUGAUAAGAGAAUCCGCUUCAUUAUUUCUGCCAUCUCCAAUCCCUCCAUUGCAGGCUCCUCCAUCUAUUUGUAUGAAAAAGGGAAACUGACAGACAGACAGUUCCAGCCCGUGUCCAAGCCGUCCCCACCGAUAGUGAAGAAUGUCCUGGCCCAAGCGGUGUCCCUUAAACUGCAGAAGAGAUCUGGAGAGAGAGAGCAGUACAGAGUGGAAUACAAGCAGGUGAAACCACAUACUGGAGCUGAAGAACCAUGGCUUUUUAUAGAAACAGGUGAUGAAGACGUUACUUUGAAUGGAUUGGAGUCUGGAAAGCAGUACCUGAUCCGCUACAGGAAGGCUGGUAAAGUGGGAGUGAGUGAAGCCAGUGAUACUGUCAACACUGUCCCUUUAGCAGAACCUGUGAUUGUGGGCGGGACAGGUGGUGAGGAAUUCUCUUUUAAGUCCUCUUCCAGCAACUCCUUUCAGAAGAUUGUCAUAACUUACAUUGAGCGUGAGGAUAAUAAUAUGGAACUUCACUCUUUGAACACAAUACAAGUGAUUUUCCAGGAUUACCAGAUGAUUAAAGUUGGCAGGGUAGCAGGAAAUAAAGAAAAAGUAUUUCUAUUUGACAUAACUGAUAAAAUUGUCACUGCAACACUGUGGCCAAAAAGGGAUGGUACCAGAUUUGGGGGGUUGGAAUUUGUGGUUGAAAAAAAUAAUGGUAGAAGAAUAACAAUGUCUAUCAAAUGUGCUGAAGUGGGUGAGUCUGUGAUUGUUAAUGUUGGAUCAGGAAAAUGUUACGGCAUUAAAGGGAGAAGUGGAGAUGAAAUUGAUGCUCUGGGUUUCUACUGCAGUUAGCCUCCAGCCUGUUCUUUAUAAUUCUAAUCCAAAUAACAUCUAAACAGCAAUCAUAUACUCUAAACAUGUUUUUUUAAAUGUAUACUCAGAUUUUAAGAGUAAAAAAUAUCAGAUUUGAGUCAAUCAGUAAUAUUUUAUGUUUUCUAGUAUCAACUUUUAUAACAUUUUUGACUUCCAGGUAAAUGGAACCAUAAACAAGUAACUCCAUUAACAAAAGUUAAAUAUAUUAUAUCUGAGUUAAUGAAUAAAUACUGAUUGUAUAUGGUGGUUUGUAAGAGAGAACAAUGUACUGUAUAGCAUCUUAUUCUGGUUAAUUUGUCCAUCUUUAUAUUUAAUUUAUUCCAUUUUGUACCUUGUGAAAGUACAAAAACUCUUGAUGUUCAGUGACAAUAAAGAGCUUAACUUGACUUUAAA